GUUCACCAAUCUUGACAUGCUAGUUCGACGUGGAACUUGUAGUUUUGUAUCGUGAAUUUCCUCUCUGUUUAGUGUUUUUAUGGUAUAGUCACAAAAUACAGAUUGAUGAGUGUGUUCUCUUUGAGCUGUUGUAAGAAUCACAUUAUUUGGGGAUAGUUGGUUGUGACAUGGUUGUGGUGACGUGUCAUAAGAUUCACUGAGCUGAGCACUGUGUGUGAAAAAAAAAAAAUCUCAACUUAACUCAAGUCGUCAUCGAGGGGAGCUGUAGCAAUCUUGGUUUUUGGAUUUAUUUCUUGUUGAGAUAAAAUCUGAUCAGGAAAGAUGCGACGAGCGGGAAUGGAGUCGGGUGGUAAUCAUAUGUACCAGUCGGAUUACAAUGCGGUUGAUGAUGAAAAUGAAAGACUUGUUGUCGGACUUCAUGAUAAAGUUUCAGCUCUGAAAUCGUUAUCGAUUGACAUCGGAACAGAAGUGCGAGACCAGAAUUCUUUUCUGAAACAGAUGGAUGAUGAUUUUGAUUCGACUGGUGGUUUCCUGAACUCCACGAUGGGCAGACUCACCAAGAUGGCGCGGUCAGGACACAACUGCUACCUGUGCUAUCUUCUUUUAUUCUCCUUCUUUGUGUUCUUUGUCAUCUAUCUCAUUAUCAAGUUUAGAUGAUGACAGUAGAGGGCGACAAACAACCAUAUAGCAAGUUUAAGUGUGCACCAUGUUUUAACUAAAGGUUGACUAUUUUGACUUGAACCCAGGCUGGUCGACCAAUGGUUGAUUACAGUGGUCGACCAUUUGGAACCAACCUUCACUGGUCUCAAUAGCCUGUUUAAUGCUUACAAGUGUUAAGGCGAAAAGGGGAACCAGUGACACUUUAGCGAAAAUGCGUAAGGCAACGGAGUGUUGAGUACCGUGGUACUGAUGGUUGACUAGGACUCCAAACGAGUCGUUCGAGUAAAUGCGUAAAUGCCCAUGUACAUUGCUGGCCUGUAGUUGACUAAAAUGUGCACACUCGAACUUUCUCCUAGAAUUGCUGUGUUUGUGGCUAUGGCUGCUGGCUACAGCAGCCAUGUUGAUCUAGCCACUGUUGCCAUAAUCUUGGCUUAAUCAAAGCUGUAGCCUUUGUGUCAAACACAAUCUUAAAUCACUGUGUCCAUGGCUAUGGCUGCUGGCUACAGCAGCCAUGUUGGUCUAGCCACUGUUGCUGUGGUCUUGGCUUAGUCACAGCUGCAGCCUUUGUGUUUUAAAACACAACUUAGAGUCUCUUUGGUCUUGGCUACUGCUCGUGGCUAUAGCCGACAUGAUGAUCUAGCCAGCGCUGCGUACUACCCCUAGCCAUAGCUACAGCAAUUGUGUCAAACACAACCUAAGUUUCUUGGGGCUUAAGUUUUUAAACUUAUCCCUAAAAUGUGUGGAUUUGAUAUUAAAACUGCCUUGAUUCCAGAAUUCAUGUAUUAAUGUGUAAGUAACAGAUGUAAAUAUACAAAUUUAACUACCAAAUACUCUACAUUGGGCGUAUUUAUUUUAAUGUUACUAAAUAUACAGAGGUCAAAGUACUAUUGUAUGAUUAUUCCGUGGCCAUCUUUUUUUUCCAGAUUAUUUGUUAUCGGUUGGAAUCUAAACCUUUGGGUGGCAUGGUUGGCUAGUGCAUAAAGCGCUCCUCUCUCACCACUGUGGCCCUGGUUCGAUUCCUGGAUAAUAGGGCCAUAUGUGAGUAGAAUGUGCAUGGCUCUCAUAGGAUUUUUCCUUAGGCCGUUCAGUUUUUCCCUCCCUGCGGUAAUAUCAACCACUUUCGAUCUAAGGCUGUGCUCCUUGGUCAUUGGUUGAUUUAGCAUGGCUGCCAAGGGCACUCUCAGAUGCCUGUGGCUCCAACAUGUAUGGGUCUGUCCUUUGCAUUUCAGCUUCUCAAUAGACUGAUCCAUUGCAUAUUGACCAAUCUCAACCCAUUGCACAACCAAACGUCCGACAUGCAUGCGCAUAAUGCUUAGUGCGCGCGCAUGUGGUCAAGUGCAGAAUGGCAUUGGAGAGGCUCACAUGUUUUUGGCUCACGUGUUCUUGCUCACAGGUGUGCCGUGGGCGGAGCCUAAUGGAUUGGUCUAUAGUAGCCUCCAAAAUUAUGAUUACUUAUAUUAUUGUAAGAAGGGUAAGACUUAUCCUCAGGAUUACAAAUUUGCUUUUCCUCCUUGAGGCGAAGGCUAAGUGCUAUUAUUUCUCUAUGGCCUUCGCACUUGUUAGUCUCAUCUCAAAACUUUGUCAGCUCAGUAUAUUUUACAAUUCCUUAAUUCAACAGUCGUUAAAGACAAGGCUAAAUAAUGUUAUGGGCAACAAUUUGGUGUUAUGAAGAAUUCAUUUGUUAAUUUCAUCCCAUUUUCUGUAUAUUUAAUGUUAAGUGACACCUGAUUUUAGUGAUUCGACUAGCCAUAGAGUGAGUUCUUUGUAAUGCUUUCAGACAUGACUACUUCUCUUUUGAAGGCUCCUGAUAGUCGUACUAUCAAAAUAGACGUCCAUCUUAUAAGUGUGGUCGUUUAAUAAGUGAUGUGGUGAUGUUGGCUAGUGGGAUCGGGUAUAACUAUGUUGAUAUACACUCCUAAUAAAAGAUGUACAAACAUUUUA